AAAAAUAAUUUAAUAAUUAAUAUUACAAUUUUGCAAUUUUAGCUUAAAAGCCUUAAGAUGAAAUUUUUUAUUCAACUUGUUUGCUUGAUGAAUUUGGUAUAUCUCAUAUUAGCUGCUGAUGAAGGUUUGUUAUUUCAUCAAUUUAGCACAAACAGGAGCAGCUCAAGUUGCACCGCUAAAGGAUCUAAUUCGAAUCUUACCAUAUCCUCUUCAAAGUGUUUACUGGAGCGAUUGUAAUACAGACUGCGAACUCAACUGUGAUAAUAUACGUGAGGGCACAAAGUGCUUACAAGUCAAUUACUUUCAGUGCCCAAGUGGUUACUUCUGCGCUUAUGGUCAUGUUAGGCGUGAUGCUCCAAAUAGUGAAUGCAUCCCCGAAUACCAGUGUUUCAAUAAGCCAAUCAAACCCAUUAUUAGUGUGGCACCAGCGCCAGCACCAGAAGCUUAAGUUGAAACUUAAUAUAUAAAUAAUAUAUGUAU